UGAAUAGCCCUUGUAUUAUUUUCUCUUACCUUCACCGAAUCUCUAUCUACGCGGAUUAUUCACGCGAACUAUCCGUUUAACUCUUCAUAAACCCAGAGCUCGAAAUUACUAGAAAUGGCGGAAACUGAAAACCCACUUGAUCCUCAACCCUCCAAAGAAGAAGAGGCUACACGUGGAAGCGAAGAACAUACGCCCGUCGAUCAGAAACCUAGUGAUUAUUCUUAUUCCGAAUCCGAUUCUGAUUCCAAUGACGAAACAAAAGCGAAGGCCCAAACUAAAGUCUUACAAUUGGAGCUCUACAAUGAUCCUUCGAAUUACGAUGCUCAUGUCCGAGUAAAAACUGAUAACGCCCAUUUCUUCACUGACACGCUUGUAUUAUGAUUUGCUGUUUUGCCUAUUUAGGUCUUCGCUGUGCCAUGCUAAAGUUGAUUUGCUUCUCUCUUCCUAGCGGAUGCUUUGCCUGUGGUGGAAAAGUUUUACUAGGGUGGGCUGUCUGAUUAUCUGAAUCAUUCAGGAAAUGUGCCAUUUGUGGGUUCGUUUGAAAGAGAGUAUGGUUCGGUGGAAGACUUCGAUCUUGCUGUCCAGAGGGAUUUUUUUCUGCUACUGUUACUUUUGAUUCUUCAUAUGCCGAUUUAGAACGGUCAUGUUAUAAACUUGUAUUCUUUGAUGUAUUGCCCAAAAAUGUUGUAAAUUAUGCCUUUAUGAAUUUAGCAUCAUGCUAUCUAUUGCCUUAAUGUAUGAUGUUUGUUGAGAGGCUUUAUUUCUGGAACCUAUAUAGACGUAGAAUUAUCAGUUAAUGCAAUUGCAAUGUUCGUUGCUACUUUCAACUUUUAUCCUUCAAUGAUGUUUUUAGUCAUGGUAUUUAUAUACACAAAUAUGUGCCCCCAAAAGUGCUUUAUUGUGUUUUUGCUGCUUCAGUUUCUUUUGAGCCAGCUUUAGGCUUCUUUAUGUUAAGCGUUCCUCUUCCUUGGUCUCUGUUUCAAUUUCUUUGGGUUGGGACGGUGAUUCCUUUUGUCCUACACAUGAAUUAUCAAGCUGUUACUGAUUUGGGUCCUAGGCAGGAUAGUGAAGCCAAACAAGAAUCCAUCUUUCCUUCAUGAAGUUGUAGAUGAUUGGGUUUAAAAUAGUUUUUGUUGUCAAUACCAUUAUUGCAACUUGCAAGUGCAGAGCAGUGAGUAGGUUCUUUAGCCAGUAAUUUAACCCCUGUUAUAGCAAAUACUGUAUGACUACUCUAGAUAACAUAAUGUCAAGUAUUCAUCAUUUAUGCUUUAUGUACUAGUCGUAUUGGAUAUAUUCUGGAUCGGGUCACUUUCAAGCUUCAUGAAAUCAUUGAAAGGACCUAUGAUAUUUGUGUACGCUGAGAAUGCAUUUGGGUUCAGGAAUCUUGCCAUAGUCUAGAAUUCAAUACUGGUAGUGUUUAUUCAGCAUAGGUCUGACGGGCUUAUUCUACGUGAAAAUAAUCACUGGUAAAGGGGAAAAAACCGUAAAAACUGCUUGUAGACAAGAGGCUUCAUAUUUGCCUUUCCAAGGAAUUUUUCAGGAGAUCCUUUACUGAUUAUCACUUAAUUAUGAUUUUCUUAUAUUUAACUAAAGUUACAUUUAUUAGUAGCAUAUGUGACUAAACUUGCUGAGUAUGUCAUCCUGGAAAACAAUUCAAACCCAAUUUUGCUAAUGCUUCUGCUAUUAUUUCCCAUAUUUAUAUUGUGACAGGUAACUCCUCGUCUUCAAGAGUUGCAGCUAUUCAAAUUGUAGCAGGAGGACAAAACUGUUGGUGCGCCAACAGACGAGAGAGAAAGCCAGUUUCAAGUUCAAUGGAUGAGCAGCCUCCUGCAAAACUAAGGAAAGAUUUGGAUCAGAAAAACAAGAAAGCGUAUGAAAAUGAUAAAGGUCAGGGAAGAUAGUUGGCUGAAGCAAAUGAAAUUGCCCUAGUACAUGACAGCAAAGCAGAGAGCGCUAGCAGCAACUGAUAAGGAUCUAUGCAGUUUCUUUAGCGAUGUUGGAGGAGUAGUUGCUAUUCGGAUAUUAACCGACCAGGACAAGAGAUCAAGGUUAAUUUUUUUGUUGUGGUGGCGGUGUGUUGAUUUUCUGCUACUCCCAAGACAAGCUGUUUGAAGUUGGACGGUGAUAUCAUGAAGUUUUGUUGUCUGAAAAGGUCAUGUUAUCUUCUACUUGUAAAAUUUGAUGUGAAGAAAAGGUUUUAGCUAGCCAACCAUGUUUCCACUGUCAAAUGUAUGUCUAAAGAUUUGAAUGGUACGAGUGUUACUGCAAGAUAAUUUCGUUCUUAUCCCAAGAUAAUUUCCACUGUUAUUCUUUUGAAUUUUUCUUCUUGUGGUCUAGCUAUCCUUAUUAUUCAUACCUCAAAUAUAUGAAAGGGGCUGACAUAUGUGGAUGUCUCCGAUGAUGCACACCUGGCUUCAGCUGUGGAGAAGAUCAAACAAAGUUUACUGGGCAAGAGAUAAGCACUGCAAGGUCAGAUCCCCAGCGAGGCAGAGGGAAAAAAACAACUGCUGGGCGUAGCUCUUAAAUUUGACUGAGCACCUCAAAAUUUCAGGGACUGUGGAUAAACGAAGAAGUAAUGCAGGGGAAACUGCUGACACUUCUAAAGGGAGAAGGGGGCCUCAACCACAAUCUGCGAGUCGGGCGUGGAGAUAAUGUGCAGCUGAUAGGAAAGAACACAUUUGCAACGCCAAGAAACGUGAGAGCCUUGGCUAUUCCCAGCAGGAAUAAGGUGUGAUGCUACCAAAAAAUAUUACCAGAAAGAUCUCGAACUUGAUGAUCAAACUUUGCUUUGAUGAACACGAACGGUCUUUGAAUACCUGUAACAAAGGCAACGAGGUGUGUGCUCGUCGUCCUUCCGAUAGUUAAGUCAGAUAGGGAAUUUAGUGCGUGAAGCUAUAAGCUGAAGAUAAUGAAAAACGUACCUCAAGAAUGAGCACAGGUUGUGUAUUUAUAGGUGUUAACGGUGGAUUCCUAGAAGAACUUAUUCUGUCACGAUCCUUAUCUUCGUAGGAAAAGGAGUUAGUGUUUUACCUCAAGUAUUCAAAUCACUGCUUGAGUCAAAGAAGGAGUCUAACAGGGUAGGGAUUGUGGUCAAAGUAGGAUUAUUGUUCCCAUAGGUCGUAUAGAAAGGCUGACGAGUCGACAUACAUACCCCCGACCUCAAAUGCCCAACCUUGUUUUGGUGUUUUUAGGGAGUACUGAGAUCGGGGUUCAUGGGUUGAGUUCGAGAUUGACAAGAUCUGAGAUCAUCACUGGCCCCCAUGCAUCGAGGUCGUAGAUUUCCGUCCAAGCCUGGUCUACGAGCGAAGAUGUAGAGGCAUGAACGUCCAUGUAUUUUUCCACGUGUCGAGUGUUUGAUGGGAUGUCAGAGAGCGAUCUCAGAUGGUCGUCACGUGUAAUGUCAGGGCACGACCUUAGAUUCUCGCCACGUGUCUUGGUCCAAGGGUUAAGAUUGCACAACCGUUGGUAUUCCUCAGUCCCCUAUAAAUACCCCAACUUUCACCCUCAUUUUUCACUUUUAACUCUCAUCUCCCAGUAAAUCGAGUUCGAAUUCGGGGAUUAGAGGGGUUUGUGAGCGACCAUCCAUAGAGGUAAGAGUUUGAGCCCUUGAGUUGUUUUAUUUGAUUAUAGUAUAAUGUCGAGGAGUGAUAGUACUGGGUCAAGUAGCAAUGAUAGUAGCCAGGCUCCUAGAGACUCGAACCAUAGUGAUAGGCCUGAAGAUGUAAAUACAUCCAUUAUUCCUGUGGCCAUCCCCGUUAACUCCCAUAUCGACGUCCUGACAUACCCUAAGGAACUGACCAAGUACAAAGAACAUGUAAUUAUUAAAAUAGCUAGAGAGUUCGGGGUCAUGCCAAUUCGUGACAUUAGAACCCCAGGGACAACUAAGACCGUGUUAGGAGCUUGGGAGGGAAAGAUAACCUUUUUUAGGGACGCUCUUAAGGCCGGGCUUAGGUGGCCACUUCACCCAUUUUUCAUCCAUUUUCUGACCUCAUACUACCUGUGUCCUGGUCAACUAGCCCCGAACGGUUGAAGGUUAUUAGUGUAUUUCUUCAUACUGUGUAGGUGCCUCGAGGUUGAACGUAGGGUCGACCUACUUCGAAUGGUUUUUGAUAUGAAAUUCUCUUUGGGGUAUAACUGUUUUAUUUAUUUAUCCACCAAGGAGGGGUUUAGAACUCCUGAUACCUCGAGCUCACUUAGGGGUUGGAAGGAACAUUUUGUAUUUUUGUGAAGCCUCAAGACCCCGACCAUCCCUUUAGCCCGAGGUGGGAAAUCCCUGAUAAUGAUAGGUUUAACGAAGGUCAGGCAUGAGGUUCUAGAGAGAGAUAGGCUGAAGUUAGUGAACCACGACCCCCUUGCAGACAAGAUUGAUUACUUGCUUGAAGACGACACCCUCGACCUUGCUAACGUGAAAGGCCUCGAGGAAUUCAAGACGUCUUUCGAUCCAUCAGCCCUUUUGGAUAACGUUCAUAAAAAAGCAAAGGGCCCAAAGUCUAAAGCCCCGACGACGACCUCGUCCAAAGGGAAAAAGCGGGCACGGGAGGCCGCCCGUCUAAUCAUGGUGGACUUGGGGCAGGGCUCACAAAACCCGACCCUUCCAAGGCAACCAACCCCCCAACAACAAGUUCGAGUUUGUACCCCUUAUUAUGGGUCAGACCUCUUAGCUGAUGAUGACGACCAUAUGCCCACCAAGUCGCUCGAGGAGUACGUCGACUGUGCUCUCAUCCAGGGCAUAGUUGACAAGUAUGAGAAGGAGGUCGAGAUGAAUGAAGGGGUUCGGACUCUCGAGCUCCUUACACUGAAGGCUAAAACCCUGGGAAGAAGUAUAACGAGCGAAAAGAGAAGGAAAAGGACUUGAAGUGCAAUUAUGGAAGGGCCUAAAUGUAAUAAAAGUCAAAUUUUGAGGACCAAAUUGCACUAAAUGAAAGUUGAAGGACUUGAUCUACAAUUUUGAGAUUUUUUGGUCAACAUUUUUAUUAUUUUAUUCUAGAUAUUUUUAGGAUAUUUAUGUUGCGUCUAAUAAUAUCUUUUUUUAUAUAUAUUAUAUUUUAUC